AUGACAAGCUUACUAGGCUUAAGCAACAACAUAUCGUAUUUCACGAUUCCAUUGGCACUAGCGCUUGCCCUUGGUCCGCGAUUCUACUCGGGACUUGCAGGCCCCGGAAAAAAGCUUUUCGAUCGACAGAAUCCAAGAGAAUUCUCUGAAACCCUCAAGAAGGCCGAUUUGGAUGAAAAACUUCGGGGACGGUUGCUGCGGGCUGAAGCCUGCUCAGCCAAUGGUUUUGAGGCUCUUCCUCUGUACGCCGCCGCAGUGACGGCGGCUAACUCUGCGGGCAUCUCCGCACCUGUCAUGAACUUCCUCUCGAUAAGUUGGCUGUCAAGCCGUGUGCUGUACACGUACGUUUAUGUUUGGCACCAGGAGAGAGAAACGCUUGCGCAGGACCAAGCUCCGCUUCGGUUCAAGGUGUGGGCAGUCGGUGCUGUGAUCUAUAAGGGAAAUCAAUACGCCAUGCUAUUCAGACCGACUGGCAAGAAGUUCGAUGAUUAUGACUAUCUGAUGCAUUUGCACUACCCUCCGCAGUCUCCGCGCAGCCAGAGGCAAUGUGGUGGUAUGGCGUGCGGUCAAAUGAAUCCGAACGGAGGUGGGUGA